AUAGGAAUCGCAUGCUGUAGCAACAGCAGCAGCUAGCUGGAAGGUGCAGUGGUAAUAAGCGGUAGUCGAAGAGACGGCGCCAAACUGAAAUGGUCUACGGGAACCUCCACUACUUUCCGAUCGUGCUCAGCAUAUGGUUUCUCAUUACUUUUAUCACACUAUACAUAAUGUCGGUGUGCAUGAAAGAUGUCGAGCCGAUCUUUCCCUACAUCAGCGAUACCGGCACCUUCGUCCCGGAGAGCUGCAUAUUCGGACAGCUAUUGAACACCGGCUCUAUUAUUAUGGGCAUAGUGUUUUACAUACGAUACUUGCAAGUGAAGGAAUUGCACGAGUCGUUGGGGAAGACGGCCGAGGUGAGCGGAAAGAACAAGGCAUGUCUUCAUAUGGGCUGGAUGGCCUCGUUCGGAGUGAGCGUCGUCGGUAAUUUCCAAGAGACGAAUUUGCUCAUCGUUCAUCUGAUUGGGGCGGUGAUGGCUUUCGGUCUCGGAUCCGCGUAUCAGAUAACAAUGUGGAGGGUGACGGUGCUAACGGAUCCGGAGUCUCGGUGUCUGCGAAACUUCCGGUUCGUCCUGUCCAUGCUCAGCACCAUCGCGUGCAUUGUGAGCUUCUCGUUCGCAGUUCCUGCCGCUAUCCAAUUCACAGGGAAGGAUCUGACGAAAUGGAAGAGGGAGGACGGAGGUUAUACUUACCACUUGUUGAGCACGUCCUUCGAAUGGGUCUGCGCCACCUCCACGAUGUUCUUCAUCCUGACGUUCGCUCCCGAUUUCAAGAAGAUCUCUCUAGAACCUCCGAAGAUAAACUUACUAUAAAUGUAUUCAGUUCUGUUAGUUUCUUAGGCAAUAAUAACAAGUUGAUUAAUAUAAGCGUUACGA